AAUAAAUGUAUUUAAAUGGUUUAUAGCAUGGUUCUUUCAGUGGGAAACCUACAUGGCUGGCACUGGCCAUUAAUCUUUUCCAGUUUGUCCAGAAUCAUUUGUCCUGUCUUCUAAGUCAUUCUGGAAAUUUUCUCAUUGGUUCCCUGCUGAUAACUAUCCCGACCUUCAUUUUUCACCUGGCUGGCAACAGAUUACAGACACACCUUGUGACCAUUACUGCAGCAACAACUGAGACAUUAUGGAUUCUCUUCCCACUUAUAGCUCCUUUACUACUGCAAACCAUACAGAUGGUGAAACGCCAGGAACUUGUCAAAAAAGCAUUCAUAUGGAACUCUUUGUUCAUUAUUCAUUAAUUCCUGCUGUGCUGAUUACAGUUUCAUUAUCCUACCUCCAACGAAGAGCUACACAUCAGAAAACAACAGAUAAAAUACCACUGGGCAGGAGAUUCGGCAUUGUUGUACCUGUGAACUUCAUUAGCAGUUACUCAAACCGUUGGUCAUAUGGGGCAGCAUGUGGUGCCACAGCUACAACAGUUUUCCUAUUGUUCCACAAUGAAUAUUCCAAUUAUUUCAACUUUACAGCUCCAAUAUGGGCCAAGGCACUAGUCUAUCUACUGUGUGCACUGGAGGUUGGGCUGGACUACUAUCCUUUCUUUGCCUGCUUAUCUACUAACAACAGAGUGAUAGGGUCAACCCUGGGAUUCUGCUACUCCCUGUGCUGGUUUUGUGUACAACUGGCAGAUGUGUUUGAAUGUCCCACAAUAAAUUAUGAGUCUAUCAUCCUCAUACUUACCCCAAUCCCAUCUCUGGUUUGCUGUGUUUUUCUCAUGGGAAGAUUUCUACAAAUACUGGUUACAUCAGUUUUGUCUAUUUACAGGCAAGUAGGGAGUAAGGAAGAAGAAGAACCAUUGUUGCCUGAGCACUUAAAAAACUAUCUGAGACAUCUCCUGAAACCAACUCCGGAAAAGAAUGUGCAGACUAGCUCAAUUAAAGAGAAGAUUUAUAAAUGGGACUAUCAUUUUAAAUUUCCCACAAGGAUGAUUGUGACAGCAGUGCUCUGUCUUACCUGCCUGUACAAUUUUGUCUUAGUGGACUUGUUGGUGUCACCCAAGGCUGUGAAAGGUCUGGAUUCAUUGAUACUAAGAACAGUGAAUUUUUCAUUUUCUGGCCAGACAAAGUUGAUCUUAUAUCUCUUAAAAGAGUGUUGGUUUUAUGCUACCUUUCCGGCAGCUCUCACAAGUGUUAUCUACAUGAUUCAUGUACUUUCCUGCUAUAGAAAGGACAUGAAGAAACUUUAUGGAGGGACUUCAGAAAUUGAUUGUACAGGAAGCCCACCUGUUGUUCUGGCAGCCAGUAUCAGAUACACAGGAAAUCAGGUAGCUUACCUACUAUGGGGAUAUUUUCUUUUGCAUAUCAUGUUCUUCCUAAUCAGCUUGAUUAUAACAUUCUGGUUCGUAAUUCCAAUACAAGAGGGAAGAGGACUGGUCGUACUGCAAGGGUUUGGCUACACAGUGUUAGGCAUAGUUCUCAUGAUAGCUGUGAUGCUAGCUCAAGUUGUGGCAGCUCAGUUCUUAUUUCUUCAAGACAAAAUAUUACCAACUGACAAAGGUAAACCAUUGGCCAUCAAUAACAGGAGAGGAUUUCAGAAUUUUAGCUACUUCUUCAUGUUCUACUCAGCUAUCCUUGGUUUGGGCUCAUGUUUGCUCCGAGUCAUAUUUAACGUGUUCCUGGGAAGCUGGCUACUGGCUAGGAUUGAUCGUCCACUUUUCCCAAGAGGAUUUGAAGGAGCCGAUAUGGGGUAUAAUACAUGGACAGGUAUGCUUCAGGUGGAUCUUUACCACACUCAUCCUGUUAUUCUGUCCUUUUGUCACCUUCUCACACAAGAAGUGUCUAGAAGAUCUCAUGCAAGCCCAGAUGUGCUGAUGGACUACAAAAAUAGACAUACAAGGACCAAGUGGCACUUAGCGUACACUCUUAUUAACAACCCUGCACUAGUACUAAACAGAAAGCAGAGCUGCUGCCGUGCUAUUGCUGGUUCACAAAGUCCGGAGGUUUUACAGAGGUUAUUGGUGUCUGCUUUACAGUGCACUGGCAGAAAAUGGAUGCUACCAGAGAAAGAUAUGGAAAAUUCAGCAUCGACAGACCUUACUGUGCAGAUAGAAACUGUUCCUGAAUAGAUGAUGAACACAAACGGAUUAAGGAAUUAUGUGAACUCAGUUGAUGAAGGCAUCAAACUUUACUGGGGGUGAUCUAUUUCCUUAUUAAACGUUUAAAAAAAAUAUUCUGUCCUUUGCGAAAGGAAAGUCAUGGAUGCUGCAGAAUGGCAUAGAUUGGCCCUGGGAGCUGCAAAAUCGAUCAUAAAUACAUCUCUGAUCAAAGCGAACAACAAGGUCUUACUGCGGUGGUAUGUGGUUCCCACUAGAUGUGCCCAGAGGGUAUCGGGGGCCUCCCCAUAUGUUUUAGAGGGUCUGGACAAGAUGGAACAGCGUAUCAUACCUGGUGUACGUGCCCAAAAAUCUGCAGGUUUUGGAUUUUCACCUAUAGCUUUACAGGUACUAACUUAACCAUAGGUGUGCGCAGCCUAAUGCAUUAGGAUGUGCACCCUUAAAGAAGUUGUAAAGGAAAAAAAUGUU